CAACCUCUCGUUAUCGAUAUUUCUCGGAACAAAGUUUAUCCUCCUGCGAAUAUCCUUUUCUCCCUCCCCCCAAACCUUAAAAACCCAGCCCCCUCUCUCUCUCAACGCCCAACUGAGAAAUCUUUUUUGCUGAAAAUUGGUCGAAACCGGCGUUUCUUCUUCCAAAGGUACUAGUAAAAAUAUCUACACACCAGUUUGUCGAAACUCGAAAGCAGACAUCAAAUGGCACAUUUGGUCGGAGUUUCCUGUACUUUAAUAAAUCCCUUUCCAUCCACCAAAACUUGCACCAAACUAUUGAAUCAGUCUUCACCGCUCUCUCAUACUUCUAUUCAAUUUAGGACAUCCAAAUCUCCAAAUGUCAUCCUCCAAUCUUUUAAGCAAAAACCUCAAAGACAACAGGUAAUUUCUGCUACUGCUACCCCUAUAAGCCAUGAAAUUAAAGGCCAACCUCGAUCAAAUUCUCCCCAAAUUCCUAACGAAUCAACUUCCAAACCCAAAAAAGUUAUGAUCAUCGGUGGUGAUGGAUAUUGUGGAUGGGCUACUGCUCUCCACCUUUCGAACAAAAAUUAUGAAGUUGCUAUAGUUGAUAAUCUAGUUCGCCGUCUAUUUGAUCACCAACUUGGCCUUGAUUCUCUCACCCCUAUUUCUUCAAUCCAAAAUCGAGUUCGUAGAUGGAAAUCUCUCACUGGAAAAUCAAUACAACUCCAUAUCGGAGACAUUUGUGACUUUGAAUUCUUAUCCGAAGCCUUCAAAUCUUUUGAGCCAGAUUCUGUUGUGCAUUUUGGCGAGCAAAGGUCAGCACCAUACUCGAUGAUAGACCGGUCAAGAGCUGUGUACACUCAGCAUAACAAUGUAAUUGGGACUCUUAAUGUUCUCUUUGCCAUCAAAGAGUUUAGAGAAGAGUGCCAUUUAGUAAAGCUUGGGACUAUGGGAGAGUAUGGAACGCCAAAUAUUGAUAUUGAGGAAGGAUUCAUAACAAUCAAUCAUAAUGGGAGAACUGAUACAUUGCCUUAUCCAAAGCAAGCGAGUUCAUUCUAUCAUCUUAGCAAAGUUCAUGAUUCGCAUAAUAUUGCGUUUACUUGCAAAGCGUGGGGAAUUAGGGCGACUGAUUUGAACCAGGGUGUAGUUUAUGGAGUGAGGACAGAUGAAACAGAGAUGCACGAGGAGCUAUGCAAUAGAUUUGAUUAUGAUGGGGUUUUCGGAACUGCUCUUAACAGAUUUUGUGUUCAAGCGGCUGUCGGGCAUCCUCUUACUGUAUAUGGAAAGGGUGGUCAGACCCGAGGUUACUUGGAUAUCAGAGACACAGUUCAAUGCGUAGAGCUCGCAAUCGCUAAUCCAGCUAACCCAGGUGAAUUCCGAGUCUUCAACCAAUUCACCGAACAAUUCUCUGUCAAUGAGCUUGCUGGCUUAGUCACCAAAGCAGGCAAGAAACUCGGACUCGACGUUAAGACCAUAUCGGUUCCGAAUCCUCGUGUUGAAGCUGAGGAACACUACUACAAUGCCAAACACACGAAACUUGUGGAACUGGGUCUCAAGCCUCAUCUUCUAUCAGAUUCUCUUCUAGAUUCUGUUCUCAAUUUUGCUGUUAGGUACGAGGAUCGUGUUGAUACUACGCAGAUAAUGCCGAGUGUUUCUUGGAAGAAGAUUGGAGUCAAGCCUAAGACUGUCUCUGUUUGAGUUUCGUCGUUAAAGCAAUUGGAAUUCGGUGAAAUAUGAUGUCAAUACCAUAAAGUUGGCAUUAAUUCCAAGGUGAAAUAUGAUGUCAAUACCAUAAAGUUGGCAUUAGCUACGUUGUAUAAUUAUAGUUCAGGUUACUAGUUACAGGAAAGUGACUGGUGUGUUUAUUUUGAUGUGAGAAUGUAGAAUCAUGUAUGUUUACUCCCUGACUCAGAAAGAAUACCUGGAGUGGAUGUUUUUAUUUGUUUCUGUUAUCUUAAACUUUUGAGUUGAAUAAACUUUUUGAGGUUCUUAUCUA